CUGGGAUCAGAGAUUCCCUCAAAUUACCCGACCCCGGCGGGGUACAGGUGCAUCGCUGAGUGCUGGUGGGCUUAAAGGACUUCGCCGCAGAGUGGCACGACCCUCCGGUCUCCCCACCACAACGACACUGGGACGUCAUGACGAACCCUAACAAAAUUGUUAUAGAGGCCGCGAACGGCACGAAGCCCAACCCCAUCAUCAACAACCUCAUCGUAUCCGGGGCCACGGUGUAUCUGGCUGGCGUGCUGGGGACAGACGCUUCAGGUCAGCUUGUGAGCGGUGGAGUCAAGGCAGAAACGAUCCAGUCUAUGCGCAAUGCGACGGAACGUCUCUCGCAUGUCAACUUAGACCUUUCGGACGUCGUCAGCAUAACCAUUUUCAUCUGCGAUUACGGCAUCAACCUACCUAACCUCAAUGAAGUUUACGGUGGCUGCUUUCCUGAGGGAGCGUCGAUGCCUGUUCGCACCGCUGUCGGUGUCGCUGCCCUGCCCCUCAACGCGGCUGCAGAAUUUUCUAUCAUUGCUGUAAAGCGUCCAUAACAAGAGCUGGUUUGCUCAUAAGUACAUGAUAGCUACUGCCUCCUUCAUGUAUCGAAGUGCGGGAGAGAGG